AUGGUGACCAACAGGGAUCAUUGGACUGACCUCGAGGCUAUGGGUUUCGAAGAACAGGAAGGUGUGUAUGACACGAGGAUUGAAGCUGAAGAAACUAUAGCUGAAUAUGAAGGCAAGGAAGAUCCGAUUUUUCAUGAAUUGAAAGGGAUGGAAGGUCUCCAAGUAGAAGAUAUCCUUCAAAUGGAGUUUUGUACUCCUGAAGAAGCACGGUAUUUUUAUAACAGCUAUAGCCGAUUGAAGGGAUUUUUCACGAGGCAGGGGAAAAAGGUAACGAACAAGGCAGGAGAGAUCAUUAGGUAUACAUUCGUGUGCAACAGGCAAGGGUUUCGUGAUAAGAAAUAG